AUGGCUAAGGAAUUGUAUCUGGAGAUGCGAGCACAUCGUGUGCGGCAUAAUUUCUGGAGGCGUCAGCUACGGAUUCUGGCUCCUCCACCGGUGCCCACGUGGCGCCGGUUUCUAGCUCAGAACACAGACGAUUUCUGUCGUAACUCCACGAUUCAUGGUCUGAAGUAUUUGAACAAUCGCCAGCUACGGGUCAGCGAUAGAGUUUUCUUCGGCCUCGCGUUGAUUGCGGUGGUGUGCAUAGCUCUCUUUCUGAUUGUGGAUGCCUUCGAGAAGUGGAACACCACGCCCGUGAUUGUGGGCAUCAAUCCGGAUCCCACUUACAUCACGAACGAACCAUUUCCGGCUGUAACCAUCUGCAAUCUCAAUCAAGCACUAUACACCAAAGCCAUGCAGUUCGCCAACGAUACAGCGGAGUAUGCGAUGCUUCAACUCCUGUGCCAUCGCAGUGCGGAUCAGCAGCUGACCGAUGCGAUCACCAACUGGGAAAGACUCGAGCAGUUCAUUUUCAAUAUCUCACAGCCCUGCGAAGCGAUGGUUAUUGGCUGUCGCUUUGGUGCUGAGGAUUACAACUGCGCGCGCAUGUUUCUGCCGAUUGUGACGGACGAGGGUCUCUGCUGUGUCUUCAAUAUGCUCCAUCCACGCUUCAUGUACAAGCACAAUAUUCCUCUGACGCUGCGCAAUGUCAGCAAUGCUUUGGGCGAUUUUAGGGCUGUCAAUUGGUAUGCGGAACAGGGAUAUGCGGGCCACACACAGGGUCGCUUCUACCCACGAACUGCUCAGGGCACUGGUGAGUCCUUGGGUCUCAGUCUGACCCUGGACGUGCAAGCCGAUGACUACUACUGCUCCUCCUCGAACAGCAUUGGUUUUAAGAUAUCCCUGCACAGUCCCAACGAGUCGCCAAAUGUGCGGGAGACGGGCGUUCUCCUAGCCCCUGGUCUGGAGACCAAGUUGCGCAUAGAGCCUGCGAAAAUUGUGACCGAACAACAGCUCCGCUCCCUGGACCGCAAAUACAGACGUUGUCUGUUCCACAGCGAGGGAAAGCUCCGAUAUUUCGCGCACUACACCCAACGCAACUGCGAGAUGGAGUGCCUGUCGAGGCUGCUGCUCCAGCACUGCGGCUGCAUCAGCUUCUAUAUGCCUCGCGUCCGGGGUAACGAUCCCAUCUGCAGCAUUCGCAAGUCGCCGUGUGUCGAGAGCGUUCGUCUUCAUACGGUCGCCGCUGUGGAAUCGUGUCUGGACGAUUGCCUGCCCAGCUGCUUCGAUCUCACCUACAACAUGAUGACCUCUUACGCCAAGAUCUCCACCGUGGAGCACAAUCUUAGCGAGGCAUAUGUAGAGCGCAGUGUUGCCGUCGUCAACAUGUAUUAUAAAGAGCACACCUUUCGGGCCCACAAACAGACCGAGUUUAUCGGCAUCUCGGACUUCUUGUCCAGCGUUGGCGGUUUAAUGGGCCUGUUUUUGGGCUUUAGCUUUCUUUCAAUUGCAGAGUGCAUCUAUUUUGCUUUCAUUCGUCCGUGCCGCAGUUGCGCGGAGUCUCGUCGGCUUAAAGCGGUAUCCAUUAAGCAACGUCCACGUCACAAUGCAAUUAUUGAAGUCGUUGCUUCGCUGACUCGACAAUCGCAACAACAACAGCAGGACGAGCAUCUAUUCCGCAUCUUGCCCGCCAAAUGGCUGGAAGCUGAACUUAAUCAGCAACGAUAUCCACCUCGCGUUUAA